AUGUAUACCUACCAUGGCGUGCCCUCUAACGACAUCCCACACUUCAUGUAUACCUACCAUGGCGUGCCCUCUAGCGACAUCCCACACUUCAUGUAUACCUACCAUGGCGUGCCCCCUAACGACAUCACACACUUCAUGUAUACCUACCAUGACGUGCCCUCUAGCGACAUCCUACACUUCAUGUAUACCUACCAUGGCGUACCCUCUAACGACAUCUCAUUCUUUAUAUAUGCCCACCAUGGCCUGCCCUCUAACGACAUCCCACACUUCAUGUAUACCUACCAUGGCGUGCCCCCUAACGACAUCAGACACUUCAGGUAUACCUACCAUGGCGUGCCCUCUAACGACAUCCCACACUUCAUGUAUACCUACCAUGGCGUGCCCUCUAACGACAUCCCACACUUCAUGUAUACCUACCAUGGCGUGCCCUCUAACGACAUCCCAUACUUCAUGUAUACCUACCAUGGCGUGCCCUCUAACGACAUCCCACACUUCAUGUAUACCUACCAUGGCGUACCCUCUAACGACAUCCCACACUUCAUGUAUACCUACCAUGGCGUGCCCUCUAACGGCAUCACACACUUCAUGUGUACCUACCAUGGCGUGCCCUCUAACGACAUCCCACACUUCAUGUAUACCUACCAUGACGUGCCUUCUAACGACAUCCCACACUUCAUGUAUACCUACCAUGGCGUACCCUCUAGCGACAUCCCACACUUCAUGUAUACCUACCAUGGCGUAGCCUCUAACGACAUCCCACACUUCAUGUAUACCUACCAUGGCGUAGCCUCUAACGACAUCACACACUUCAUGUGUACCUACCAUGGCGUACCCUCUAUGCGGCUCAUAUUUCGGCGAAAUAUUGCUUUUCUUUAG